UUUAACGCCUCCAAUCUGGCAACCCAGGACCGGGCUUGAGAGCGGAGGAGCGGAAGACGCUCCCGAGCAGAUAAAUGGUGGAAAGCCGCGCGAGAGAGACAGCAGACAGACAGUUCUGAGAAGAAGAAGCUCCGGAUCUGGAAGAGGAUUCUCAGGGGCAGUGACUGACAGCUGUGAAGAAUGGCGCUGUGUUUGGUGGUAUUGGGUUUGUUCCUCCAAACUCUCCACGCUCAUGUUGACUUCUUUACCUCCAUUGGCCAGAUGACUGACCUGCUGUACACAGAGAAAGACCUGGUGACAUCAUUGAAAGAUUACAUCAGAGCAGAGGAGAGCAAACUGCAAGAGGUUAAACAGUGGGCAGAGAAGUUGGAUUCUCUGACCUCCACUGCAGUGCAGGAUCCCGAGGGCUUCCUGGGGCACCCGGUCAAUGCCUUCAAACUAAUGAAGAGACUCAACUCUGAGUGGUCUGACCUGGAGAACUUGGUCCUUAAGGAUACCACUGAUGGGUUCAUCUCUAAUCUGACGGUGCAGAGGCAGCACUUCCCCACGGAUGAGGACCAAACCGGAGCAGCUAAAGCUUUGCUGAGACUGCAGGACACGUACCAGCUGUCCUCCAGGGCCAUCUCUGCUGGAGACCUGCCUGGUGUCAUCCAUAAAAGCCGCAUGACGGUGGAGGACUGUUUCGAGCUGGGCAAGAUCGCCUACUCUGAUGUGGACUAUUACCACACCGAGCUGUGGAUGACUCAGGCUCUACAUCAGCUGGACGAGGGCGAGGAGUCGCCCAUAGACAAGGUGACCGUCAUGGACUACCUUAGUUACGCAAUCUACCAGCAGGGAGAGAUCGACCGGGCGCUGGAGCUGACCAAGAGGAUGCUCAAACUGGAUCCCACUCACCAGCGGGCCAACGGGAACCUGAAAUAUUUCGAGUUCCAGCUGGAGAAGCAGAGGAAAGCUGAGGAGGAAGCAGGAAAAGAGGCACAGAAAGAGGGAGAGAAGAAACAUAUGGAUAAGCGUGACGUGCAGAUGAAGCGCUCCAAAGACCCGCUGCCCGAGAGGAAGAAAUACGAACAGCUCUGCAGAGGAGAAGGAAUCAAAAUGACCCCUCGCAGAUGGAGCCGCCUGUUCUGCCGUUACCAGGACAACGGACGCACCCCUAGUUUGAUACUGGCUCCUGUGAAGGAGGAAGACGAGUGGGACCGUCCCCACAUUGUCCGCUUCCACGACAUCAUCUCCGACUAUGAGAUCAGCAAGGUUAAAGAGCUCGCCAAGCCACGGCUUCGGAGGGCCACCAUAUCUAACCCCAUCACGGGUGUGCUCGAGACCGCCCCCUACAGGAUCAGCAAGAGACGCGCCACAGUUCAUGACCCUAUUACGGGAAAACUCACCACUGCUCAGUACAGAGUCUCCAAAAGUGCUUGGCUGACGGCGGAUGAGCACCCUGUAAUUGAACGGAUAAACCAGCGCAUUGAGGACCUCACAGGCCUGGAAAUGGACACAGCAGAGGAGCUGCAGGUUGCAAACUAUGGAGUUGGUGGACAGUAUGAGCCUCAUUUUGACUUUGGCAGGAAAGAUGAGCCGGACGCAUUUAAAGAGUUGGGCACGGGAAACAGAGUUGCCACCUGGCUCUUCUAUAUGAGCGACGUUUCAGCAGGUGGCGCCACAGUAUUCACAGAUGUUGGAGCUGCAGUGUGGCCCAAAAAGGGCACAGCAGUAUUCUGGUAUAACUUGUUUGCCAGUGGGGAGGGUGACUACAGCACGAGACAUGCGGCCUGUCCGGUACUUGUGGGCAACAAGUGGGUAUCAAACAAAUGGAUCCACGAGCGAGGUCAGGAGUUCCGGCGACCCUGCGGCCUCAGCGAGAAUGAAUGAUGAACGGAAACUCUUUCCUCCUCAUCCUCCAUUCCUCCUCCCUCAUCCCUUCAUCCUUCGAAGCCCCGAGGUGCAGGUUAGCUCGGCAUUUGUGGACACUGACAGUCUUCCCCCACUACCCACGGUGUGAGGUUUUUGCAUAGACUAUCUCUCUCUGGUCCCCUGACUGACCGUGAGGGCGUGGCAACCCAGUCGAACAACAGAAAAGUGAUUCUUUGACAAAAAAUCAAAUGCGAAAGAGUAGAUAACUAAAGUAGCUAAAACUAAGCUGAAAUUUUAUCAUGUUACACAGGCUACAUUCACAACAAGCCUCAGUCAAUUCCAAUUUUUUGCUCAAAUCGGAUUUGGCUAUCUUGACGGUUCACAGUCGUAAAUAUAAUUUAUGACCUGUAUCUGUCUGUAAUUUGAACAAGUAUGCCCAAGAAAUGGCACACAUGCUUACAUUAAUACAUUAAUGCAAGUGACCUCUUUUGUAGUUGUACACAAAUCAGUAUAAAUCAGAUCUGCAUCUUGUCUUGGAAUAUAAGUGAAAGUGGCUCAAAUCUGAUUUAAACAGAUCCGAUUUGACACGUUCACACAGUCCUGAAAAAAACUGAUCUGUGUCACACUAAGCCAAAAAGUCAGAUUUGAGUCGCUUCACUCUGGUAAUGUGACCGUAGCCAUAAGUGGAAUAAAGUGUCAAACAUUAUGUAACAGUGUCGUCAAAACAAAGCCUUGUAUCUCAAUUUUCACUGACACAAAUGUACACACAAACUCAGGAAUGUAGUGUGGACUAACUGUAAACUAUAACGGUUACUGUUUACAGUGCACACAGUGAGCCUGAAUAACUCUGGGUAAUGAUUUUAAAUUUCUUUAGCAUUUUAUGCAUUUCCAAGAUUUCUCAAAAAUCUCCAAAUUCUCCAAAGGCAUUUUUCUUUUUCCUGCUUUUUCAGCUUUAAUUUUAAACUUUUCUAUUAGUGCUUUUCCACCAAAAGAACUUUGAUUGUUAAACCAGUUCUGUUUGCGCUUAUAAGAACCAUGGUGCUUUUCAGCAAAAUAGCUUGCAUUUCCAACAGUUUUAGUUUAAGCUGUGAAAGAACGUUCCUGGUUCUGGAACCUACUUUUGUUGGUGGAAAUGCAGCAAACAGGUUAAAAAUUAGGUUUGCGAACCAGAAUGGUACCGCUUCCACUUUGGUGGAAAAGUGCUAUGUGUGACUUUUUGGUUCUUCCUUAGCAUUUGUAUCAUCUCCAGUGCCUCCUAACUACUCCAAACUUUAAUAAUACCUUAUUAAGGUGCAAAAUGGGUAAGGCCCACAUAGUAGCUCCAGUAAGUGGUACUUGAAUGUUUUGGUUUGAUCAUGGUACACUGCUCUAAAAGUUUGAAAACCAUUGUUUUAGAGAUAUAAGGUUUUGUUUUGACUGAAAUCAAGUCUGUUGAAAAGAAAACAGUGCUGUUAGCUGCCUUAGCCUCGAAUCAAGAGCCCAUACAUGUCUUUGCUAAUUGACUAUGUUUAGGUUAAGGAUGGAGGAAUUGUGUACAUUUGAUUUUUUGCUGAAUUGUUGCUUAAUAGAUUUUAAGUAUUUGCACUUUGGUUUUAGAGCAGGGAAACGCCAUCAGGCUACAAACAUGAACCUUUUAGUUUGAAUCUGAUCAGGUCUAUAACCACUGAAACAUCUGAGCUCUCCAGACUACGCUCAAAACGGAGGAGGAAGAGCGACCCCGACUGCCUCAACAUAAAUAAGGGUUUUCACUUUUGACCAAACGCUGCAUAAAUCUUACUGAACUUUUCCAAACAAACACUCCUGACAUGACCAAAGUAGAACGCCAAAGAGAUUGUUGUUAAAACAUUUCUGGGGCCAAAUACAUUUUUUUUAUUUAUCUUCACCUUUUUUGUGAGCUUUUGUGUGUAUGGAAGUAUGUUUUUGAACGUGCAAUGUUUUCUACGGAAAUAAAAAAAAAUACUGUGCCAAA